GGCAGGAUUACUCCACACCACUGCCUGCUCAUGUGUCCAUAAGCCGCCUUUUGUCGCACAGGAGAGAUAGCUUAAAACUGCUUGCGUGAGGAUUUUUCUAUUACCUCUAGCACAGACUGCUGACACCAACACAACCCUCACCGACCUCCCAUACCGCCACUGUCUUAAACAAAACGCUAGCUCAGGGAUCUCAACCCCCUAAAAUAUACCAGGCCUCACAUGUCAACUGUUGAUCAAAACAUACAGUCCCUCCAGAUACUAUUCAUCCAUCCUUAUGACUCCACCUGCUGUAUUAAGUAGCUGUAUCAUCAAAGCACCUGGUUUAUUGCUGCUUUUUGGAGCUUCCAAGACAUCAUAUCCUCAGAAAAACAAUCAAUCUGGUUUAAAAAAGGGCAGUUCUCUGAGCAACUUACUAAACUUUUUGAGGGGCCCCUUGUUCUGGACUCUAGUCUGCUCAGUGGAACCCUUACCUUUCUGCAUUAGAAUUGUCCAAUCAGAACCCAGACCUCAAACCAUCAGGGUGAUCUGUAGAUCGGUGCGUGGACUCCUCACACCUAAAGUGGCUGAACAAAAUGAGUACAUUUGAUGAAAAAUUUCAUCUGAUGAGAUGAGCGUGCGAGCGGGGCAGGGCAGUGACGAGGUGCUGGUGUCGCAGGCGGUGUGGGAUUACCUUGCAGCCGCAGGACGACCCUGGUUGGUCGACUUCGAGGACAAGCAGGGACUGAGUGCGGACAUCAUCCGGCGCGGGGAGCGUGGCGGCUGCUGUGCCGUGCGGCUCUCCCCGGUGGAGGGCAGCAGCAGGGCCAGAACUGGAAUGAUGGAGGGGCGGGUUUCUCCUGUUACACGGAAAGCUUUCAUAGACUUAUGCCGUUGUGCCCGGAAAGAGAUGACCAAACAAGAAGCAGCUCCUAAAAGGAAACGUUCCCUGUUACCAUGCAUGACGGCAAUGGAACCCGACGGGGAAGGGAGCUUGUUGCCUCCGCCUCCUCAACCACGGCGCUCGCAGAGGCAACAGCAGAAAUACAGGAAAAAUGCAGACAUGGACACCUGUGUGGUUUUACCCAUGCAACAUGAGGCCGCAGCAAGGACCGGUGCCGAAUUAGCCAUCGCUCGUGAAGAAGAGAGCACCGUUUGCUCUAUCUGCAUGGGUGAAAUGGUGGAAAAGACAACUCUGGACAAGUGUGGCCACUCGUUCUGUCGGUCCUGCUUAGAACAGGCAUUUCAAGUCAAAAAAGCGUGUCCUGUGUGCAGGCUGGUAUAUGGGCAGCUUAUCGGUAACCAACCGGCCAAUGGGACCAUGAUGGUUGAAAGAGACCCAGACCUGGAGUUGCCUGGCCAUGAAGGUUAUGGCUGCAUAUGCAUUAUUUACAGUUUCCCUCCCGGUUUGCAAGCGCAAGAGCAUCCAAACCCUGGGGUGAGGUAUCCAGGCACAGACCGAGUGGCAUAUCUGCCAGACAGCCCUGAGGGAAACCGUGUCCUCCGCAUGCUGCGGCGGGCCUUUGAGCAGCGCCUCAUCUUCACCAUAGGCACCUCCAUGACCACCGGCAUGCAUAAUGUUAUUACCUGGAAUGAUAUCCACCACAAGACCUCCAUAUGGGGCGGACCACGAUGCUUUGGUUAUCCAGAUCCUACAUACCUUGUUCGGGUGACAGAGGAACUGCGAGAGAAAGGAAUAACAGCUGAUUGAUUUGUGUCGAGCACUUGAGAAGCUUCAAAAGGAUGGCAAACGUGUGCGCUUGACCACAGUCUCUUCACAAACACACUGUGUCGAGUCAAGCCACAGUCAUCUGCUGCAGCAUUGAUUUGGUCAGGACGCUGUUUCACAAUGUUUCAUUUCAGUCUUUAUGUUUAGCUUUGUUCUUUAGUUUACUUGCGUGAAGGCAGUGUGUUUCACAUACACUAUUUUCUUUGGUACAAACCUGGGGUGCACUUCACUGAGACGGACUGUUCAGUGUACUCAGCUGAGUUUAAGAUACCCACUGGACUGCUAAAAUGUGAAUGUCAUGAAGGUGUACACGAUUCCUCAUCUACAGUACAAACCUCCUCUUCCCUGUUUCAGGUUAGAAUCACUAGGCUGCUGGCCUCCCUCUUCUAACUCAGUUUGUUCCAUCCAAACUAUCCUUUAGAACAGCUGAUGGUAACAUCUGGAUGGAGACAAAUGGCAUAGCACAGUUAAAUGGGUACAGCUGGGACAAUCCCAUACAACCUUUAUUUCUAGUAAUCAGCACUAAGAGGCACUUUGCAAUGGAGGUAAUCUUUUUAUUAUGAGAAUUUAAAGUGGAUUCUGCCUGAUCUUCCAGAGUGCAGGAUCUAGAGGUUAUUUGUGGGCCUUUCUAAUUAUAAGGUCCUAGUAAAAGAGAUGCAAGUCGAUUUCAGUUUGUCUUAGCUUUCAUCACUUAUAACGUUCGUUUUUGUCGUUCAUUUCAAUAUGAUGUGCAUAAAAAGUUCUAUUUUUUGCUUUGUUUGUUAGGUUCCAUUUUCCCUAGUUUGUAUUGUUAGGCUGAGUUAAAACUUCUGUCACAUAUAUAUAAAAUGAUGUCAAAACGAAAGGGCGUUUAAACCACUUAAACCAAACUAAAACGUAAUAGCUCCAAACUUUGCGGUAACCAUUGUGUUUAUGCCUCAGACUUGGAGCAAAGCCUAGCACUCAGUUUAUUUUGAAUAAUCAGCAGAUUUGUCCAUACAAAAUUUGCUGAAGUAGAAAAUAAUUCAGUGACACAGCAAAUGACUCACAAAAAUACGUUCAGGUCACAUUUAACCCCAAAAUC